AGUACCAGUGAGAUAGGCUCCAGGCUGUCAACUUAAUGGUGAUCACAAUUAUCGUGGGCUGGGAGGAUAAUAACCGCGCUAGCUGCGCACAAAGCCGUUUUCUCUGUACAUUCAAUUAUCAUCAGUUUCAAGCCAAAAACCACUUCGAGGCUCUGGAUAAGAUUCAUGCUGCCAACAUGUCACAUAGUUGCUGGAGCUGCGCUGCUGGUGGGUGUUCAUCGGGCGUGUUCAUCAGGCGUAUACUAUAUGCAUAGUAGUCAUUUCGUUUCGCCCACAAGGCAUUCAAUUAUUGUAUCAAUUCGAAGCCGAGGUGAUAAUUCAGAUUCAGAUUCAUUAAAUGCCUUUUCAGCUGAUUUCGAUGUACUACUACAUAGGUCUCAUUGACUCGGGGAAGAUCGUGGAGAUGGCAUAUGUGCGAUGCUUGUUCGUGAUGGCUCGUUAUCUCCCAUUCCACCGACGUCCCAAACGACAUAUACUAUCAGUCCAUAUGUAGACUCAUCCCCUGCAAGUACACCCAGACUGAGA